GCUUCCGGCGCGCUGGGCGGGGCUUCGCGGCCCUGGUCUGCGCUCUUGGCGAGCCGCGGAUUGGGCAGCGGCGCGCAUUCAGCCAUGUUUCAGGGGUCGCGCACACCGUGUACUACGGGUUUACCGGGGAGUGCAGAGUAAGGGGAGCAAGCAGAUACGGAAGGACUGGAAUUUCCUCUAAUUUAAAUAUCCUUUGGGAUCACGGUGGUGUAACCAAGUUGGCCCUGCUCCGAGCUGGUGGAGACAGCGUUUGCAAGCCGUCUGUAAGGCAGUCGACACUGUGCGGAGCCUAGAUUUGUUCAGCAGAAAUGUUGGCUUUUCCUGAAGUGGCCAGAAUCCUCUGUGGACAGACCCGGAGACCUCACAUCUAAACGACGACCGGACAUCGAUCGUUUCAUUGGGCUGACUCGUCGCCCUUUCCCCCCAGUGUACGAGCAGCAGGUGGGGAACCACAGAAAGCCGGCCCCGGGGGGUUUUGCAGUAGGGCGGAUCGCGUCGAUCGGCGAGCAUGUCAGCCGAGGUGAGGCUGAAGAAGUUGGAGCAGCUGCUGCUGGGCGGUCGCCGAGAAGACGAGACAGCAUUGAGUGUCGAGGCGCUGCUGGACGCGCUGCUCUGCCUGUAUGAUGAGUGCAGCGGCUCGCCGCUCCGGAGGGAGAAACACGUCGCAGACUUCCUGCACUGGGUGAGACCAUUCACCUCCACGGUGAAGGAAAUGCGUCUGCGCAGGGAUGACUUCGAGAUGCUGAAGGUGAUCGGCAGGGGGGCCUUUGGAGAGGUUGCCGUGGUGAAGAUGAAGAACACGGAGAGCUUUUACGCCAUGAAAAUUCUCAACAAGUGGGAGAUGCUGAAGAGAGCUGAGACGGCUUGCUUCCGUGAGGAGCGCAACGUGCUGGUGAACGGAGACACACAAUGGAUCACUGCGUUGCACUACGCCUUCCAGGAUGAGAGCAACCUGUACCUGGUCAUGGAUUACUACGUGGGAGGUGACCUGCUCACAUUGCUCAGUAAGUUUGAAGAUCGACUCCCAGAGGACAUGGCUAAGUUCUACAUCGCUGAGAUGGUCCUCGCCAUCCACUCUAUCCACCAGCUACGCUACGUGCACAGAGAUAUUAAGCCCGACAAUGUGCUCUUGGACAUGAAUGGUCACAUCCGCCUCGCCGACUUUGGGUCCUGCCUCAAGAUGAUGGAGGAUGGUUUGGUUCAGUCUUCAGUGGCUGUCGGCACACCUGAUUACAUCUCCCCAGAAAUCCUGCAGGCCAUGGAAGAUGGCAAGGGCAGCUAUGGGCUGGAGUGCGACUGGUGGUCAUUGGGUGUGUGCAUGUACGAGAUGCUGUACGGGGAGACACCCUUCUACGCCGAGUCACUCGUGGAGACCUAUGGCAAGAUCAUGAACCAUGAGGACCGCUUCCAGUUCCCCGCCAACAUUACAGACGUGUCAGAGGAUGCCAGGGACCUAAUCCAGCGGCUGAUCUGCAGCCAUGAGCAGCGUCUGGGCCAGAGUGGCAUUGAGGAGUUUAAGAAGCACCCCUUCUUCAAUGGCAUAGACUGGGAGAACAUCCACAACACGGGAGCGCCCUACAUCCCCGACGUCACCUCGCCCUCCGACACGUCCAAUUUCGAUGUGGAUGACGACGUUCUCAAGAACCCAGAUGUGGCACCCCCGCUCUCCCAUGCUGGCUUCUCCGGGCAGCACCUCCCCUUCGUGGGCUUCACCUACACGACAGACAGCUGCUUCUCAGACCGCGGCAGCGUAUGGCGGGCAACGGACCCCCCCAAGGCGCAGGGGGCCCAGUGCUUCCAGGCUCGCAUUGCCCAGCUGGAGCAGGAGAAACUGGAGCUGAGCCUCAAGCUGCAAGAAUGCUCGCAAGCUCCUCAGGGCUUGGCAUGGGGAGGCAGCAUUAUUGCCAGGGAUAAGGAGACAAAGAAGCUGAACGAGGAGAUUAAGAAGCUGAAGAAGAAGCUGGCAGACUCGGACAGGCUGGGGCACCAGCUGGAGGAGGUGGUGAGCCUGAGGCAGGACUACGAGGCCACCUCGAGCAAGUUGAAGGCCCUGGAAGAGCAGAUCAAAAGCCACCAUGAAGAGAAGGAGGGACUUGAGAAGCAACUGGCGAAAUCCCUGGAUCAGCUGAAAUCCCAGACAAAGAACCAGAAGGAGGCACAGCAGCAGCGCAGGCUGGCCCAGGAGCUAGAAGAGCGUGUGACAGAGCUGCGUUCCCAGAAACAGCGACUCUCCCAGCAACUCCACGACAGGAAGGAGGAGUUGGAGGCAGCCGUGCAGAAAAUGGACGGCCUGCGGCAGGAAACGCGAAAGGCUGAAAGGGCUCGCAAAGAGCUGGAACUACAGCUGGAGGCUGCCACGGUGCAGGCAUCCAAGGAACGCAAGCUACGUGAGCGAAGCGAGACCUACUCCAAACAGCUGGAGAGUGAGCUGGAAACACUGAAGGUUAAGCAGGGCAGUGACAGGCGGGCCCCUGGGGGCACACAGGAGCUAUCCAAGGUGCAGGCAGAGCUGGAGCGCCAGGCAGUGCUGCACGAGGAGGACCUAGGCCGAAGGCAGACUGUUCACGCCGCUGAGCUCAAGGGCCUGCAGGCAGAGCUGCGCGACUCCAAGGACCAGCAGGCGACACUCAACGCUGAGCUGCUGCAGCUCAGGGACAAGUUGGACAAGGCCAAGCGCGAGUGGCAGAGCGAGAUGGAUGAGGUCCUGAGUGCCAUCAAGGAGAAGUAUGAGCGAGAAAGGAGCAAGUUCACUGAGGACAACUGCAAGCUGACCUUGGAGACCGAGCAGUUGUGUGCUUUCGUGGACAAGUUAACAACCCAGAACCGGCAGCUAGAGGAUGAGCUGCAGGACCUGGCUUCCAAGAAGGAGAGCGUGGCCCACUGGGAGGCGCAGAUAGCUGAGAUCAUCCAGUGGGUCAGUGAUGAAAAGGACGCCCGCAGCUACCUGCAAGUACUGGCCUCCAAGAUGACAGACGAGUUGGACUCCCUGCGCAGCUCAAACCUGGGCUCAAGGACCCUGGACCCACUGUGGAAGGUGCGGCGCAGCCAGAAGCUGGACAUGUCGGCUCGGCUGGAACUGCAGUCUGCACUGGACGCAGAGAUCCGGGCCAAGCAGCUAGUGCAGGAGGAUCUGCGCAAGGUCAAGGCCACAAACAUCUCCUUGGAGAGCAAGCUGAAGGACUCAGAGACUAAGAUCCGCGAGAUGGCAGAGCAGCUGGAGGCUCUGAGGAAGGAGCUAGAGGAGAGCCGUUCCGGGGUGAGCCGAGGAUUAAAGCUUCACGAAUUCCCGGGGUCCAUAUUUGAGUAUUUCAAUACUUCUCCAGUGACCAGCAGCCUGUCAUUUAAGACCAGCUCCACACCUGAGCUUGAAUCCACGCUCCAGAAGCAGGAAAUUUCCUUCUCACCCACUUCGGCUCGAGAACAAAACGAACAGCUCAAAACACCCCCAGUUGGCCCUGUGCCGGUCUCCCCAAUGCUCAGUGCUCACCAGCUGAGUAUAAAGACCUUCUCCAGUCCCACCCAGUGCUCCCACUGCAGCUCUCUGAUGGUUGGCUUGAUCCGCCAGGGUUACGCCUGUGAGGUGUGCUCCUUCAUCUGCCACGUCUCCUGCAAGGACUACGCCCCACAGGUGUGCCCCAUCCCCCUGGAGCAGGCGAAGAGGCCACUGGGCAUUGACAUGCACCGGGGCAUUGGCACAGCCUACAGGGGCUUCGUUAGGAUCCCUAAGCCGUCAGGCGUGCGGAGGGGCUGGCAGAGAGUCUAUGCCGUACUUUGCGACUGCAAGCUCUUCCUGUACGAGGUCCCUGAGGGCAAAUCAACACAGCCUGGUGUGGUGGCCAACCAGGUGCUCGACCUCAGAGACGAGGCCUUCUCUGUAAGCUCGGUGCUGGACUCAGAUGUCAUCCACGCAACACGGAAGGACGUCCCCUGCAUAUUCAGGGUUACAUCAUCGCUGCUGAACUCACCGGCACGCACGGCCUCAUUGCUGGUGCUGGUGGAGAGCGAGGCUGAGAAGAGGAAGUGGGUGGGCAUCCUGGAGGGUUUGAAGACCAUCGUGCAAAAGAACCAGCCCCCAGAACGUUCUGUGUACCUGCUGAGCGAGGCCUACGACAGUGGCCUGCCUGCCAUUAAGAUGACAUUAUCCGCUGCCAUCCUGGACAGAGAACGAGUGGCCUUGGGCACAGAGGAAGGCUUGUUUGUCAUCGAGGUCACCAGGGAUGUGAUCGUACGAGCGACGGACUGUAGGAAGGUGCAGCAGAUCGAGUUGAUCCCCAAGGAGAACUUGGUGAUACUGUUGUGCGGCCGCUACCGCCACGUGCACUUCUACCCCUGGGAGGUGCUGGAGGGUGUGGAGGGGGUACACGAUGUCAAGCUGGCUGAAACCAAGGGCUGCCAGGUGCUGACCACCGGUGAGCUGCGGCCUGGGGGCCCUGCCUGUCUGCUGGCCGCUGUCAAGCGCCAGUUGCUUUGCUACGAGGUGACACGUGGCAGGCCGCACCACCGCCGCCUCUGGGAGGUGCAAAUGCCAGGUGUGGUGCAGUGGCUGGGCAUGGUGCACGAGCGCAUCUGCGUGGGCUACCCGUCCGGCUUUGCCCUGCUUGCCCUGCAGGGGGAGUCCUCACCCGUUAGCCUGGUGGGCCCCACUGACCCGUCGCUGUCCUUCCUGAGCCAGCAGUCUCUGGAUGCACUGCACGCCACCCCUGUGGGCGCCAACGAGGUGCUGCUCUGCUUCAGCCAGCUGGGCAUCUAUGUGGACCGACAGGGUCGCCGCUCCCGCACCCAGGAGCUCAUGUGGCCGGCCACACCCCUUGCCUGCUGCUCUAACCUAUCCUACCUGAGCGUGUACAGUGACUACGGCAUUGAUAUCUUUGAUAUCAACAGCAUGGAGUGGGUGCAGACGCUCUCUCUCAGGAAGAUCCGACCCCUGAACCUAGAUGGCAGCCUGAAUCUGCUGGGCUCUGAGCAGCCCCGGCUCACCUACUUCAACCAUCACUCCUCAGAAGUGCCGCAAACGGUGAGAGAGAAAACAGAAGUAAGGCAAACCAGCAGGCAUCCACAUCAAGUUAACAGCUAACGCAACAGACCAGCUGCUCCAUCCAUCUUUCUGCCCUUAGUACAGGGGUGGCCAAUCUCAUCCGCAAAGGGCCGGUGUGUAUGCAGGUUUUUGGGAUAACCUGUAGGUCAGCUGUUCAAACCCAGGUGUGAGGACUCUUCAGCCAAUCAGUCCUCUAAUUAGUAAUCUAAUUAGGGAGUUGCAGCGAAAACCCGCAUACACACCGGCCCUUUGCGGAUAAGAUUUAUGCGAAAUCUUACCUUGUAUGCAUGUACCAUGUGUGCAGACAUCUCGACUUGAAAAUCUCACUCCAGCCAACUGGCAAAAGUUCUGUGUUACAUGGCAAUAAAUAUUGUCAAAAAGUU